GGGUUGAUACAAAAUUGAAAUUCACUCUUGAACCAUCUUUAGGUCAAAAUGGUUUUCAGCAGUGGCAUGAUGCGCUCAAAGCAGUGGCCAGAUUGCCAACAGGCAUACCAAAAGAAUGGCGGAGAAAGGUUUGGCUGACCCUAGCAGAUCAGUACUUGCACAGCAUAGCCAUUGACUGGGAUAAAACCAUGCGUUUCACGUUCAAUGAAAGAAGUAAUCCUGAUGAUGACUCUAUGGGCAUCCAGAUAGUAAAGGACCUUCACCGAACCGGUUGCAGUUCUUACUGUGGCCAGGAGGCAGAGCAAGAUCGAGUGGUCUUAAAACGUGUUUUGCUGGCUUAUGCCCGGUGGAAUAAAUCUGUUGGCUAUUGUCAAGGAUUUAACAUACUUGCUGCACUUAUUCUGGAAGUAAUGGAGGGCGAUGAAGGAGAUGCUCUGAAAAUCAUGAUUUACCUAAUUGAUAAGGUACUUCCUGAUAGCUAUUUUGUGAAUAAUCUCCGCGCGCUCUCUGUGGAUAUGGCUGUUUUCCGAGAUCUUUUACGAAUGAAGCUUCCUGAACUGUCUCAGCACUUAGACACCCUGCAAAGAGCUGCUAACAGGGAAAGCGGAGGAGGCUACGAACCCCCACUUACAAAUGUCUUCACAAUGCAGUGGUUUCUGACCCUCUUUGCCACUUGUCUGCCUAACCAUACAGUUCUAAAGAUCUGGGAUUCAGUAUUCUUUGAAGGCUCUGAAAUUAUUCUGAGAGUAGCUCUGGCUAUCUGGGCAAAGCUAGGAGAGCAAAUAGAGUGUUGUGAAACUGCAGAUGAGUUUUACAGUACCAUGGGCAAGCUGACCCAGGAGAUGCUGGAAGACAGUCUGAUUGACAGCAAUGAACUCAUGCAGACUGUUUAUACCAUGGCUCAGUUUCCCUUCCCACAACUGGCAGAAUUGAGGGAGAAAUACACGUACAACAUCACUCCUUUCCCUGCAGCAGUAAAAUCAACUUCAUUUUCAGGAAGACUCGGCAGGACCAGAGACAGUGAUGAGGAGAAUGACCUCGAUGAUGAAGAUUCAAUUGCGAAUGCAAUUGGCUGUCUUGGACCAUUAAGUGGUUUUUUGGCACCAGAGCUCCAAAAGUACCAAAAGCAGAUGAAAGACCAGAAUGAAGAACAAAGUCUGGGUUCCAGUAACAUUGCAGAAUUAAGUCCAGGAGCAAUAGACUCUUGCCGGAGCGAGUACCAUGCUGCCUUUAACAGCAUGAUGAUGGAGCGUAUGACCACUGAUAUUAAUGCACUGAAAAAGCAGUAUUCCAGGAUAAAGAAGAAGCAGCAACAGCAGGUUCACCAUGUGUAUAUCAGACCAGGAUCUGAAGAUGAUGACCCUGGGAUUUUUUUAGGUCCUAGGGACCAGCUGAACAAUGACAAAGGGCCAGUUACCAGCAUCCUCCCUUCUCAGGUAAACCAUUCCCCGGUGAUAAACCACCUCCUUUUAGGAAAGAAGAUGAAGUUGAAUAACAGGUCUCUCAAAAAUGCUGUUAUUCACAUCCCAAGUCAUGCUCCAGGGAAGAUGUCUCCCAUUCCCCAAGAAGAUCUUAAAACAAAACUGAACUCUCCGUGGCGCACUCACAUCCGAGUUCAUCGGAAGAAUAUUGCUAGGGCCAAAGGCCAGCUGGGCUAUGGGGACACCAUAGGCCUAAUAGAUGAGCAGAGCGAGAGCUGUAAAACAAAUAGUCCUGGUGCAAAGGAGGAGACUUCCACACAUUCUGACUUUGGAGAAAGAGAAGGAGGUGGUUUGGAUGACAGGACUCCUCCAAAAGCUGAUUGGCAGCCGUCUGAGCCAGCCUCUACGGACAGCAGUACAAACAUGUCAGUGGUUCAGCUAAAACUGGAAGCGCUGGACCUCACCUCAGAUAACAAAACUGAUGCUGAGUCAACAUCCCAUCAGUCCAACCAGCCACGUUUAUCAGAGUCCUCCAGUUCAUCCAGUGACAGUGGAAGCCUGGCUAAAUCUCCCCAGCUGGGGAACCCAAAGCCGCAAGUCUUCAAUCCUUUUCCCAGUGUUAAGCCUCUCCGAAAGUCAGCUACAGCCAGGAAUUUAGGGCUGUAUGGCCCCACUGAAAGAACGCCAACUGUACACUUCCCACAGAUGAGCAGAAGUUUCAGUAAGUCUGCCAGUGGCAACAGUGGGACCAGGAAACGAUGAUGUACUUACCUGGCACUUUCUAUUUCCGACAGCAACAAAAAAUUUUCUUUUCUUUUUUUUCCUUUUUUAAUGUGUGCGUGUGUAUGUGUGUCCUGAAGCAUUUCUAAUCUUUAAGUAAUGGGGCAAAAGUGGUUACCAGAUGUACAAAUACGUGUUUUUGAAAAUUGUGCUCCCGUGUUGUUAUGGGAUAGAUUAGUGAAGAUGCAAUUUGGCGCCCUAUUUUCGAUUCUGAUGGUUCUGUGGUAAAAUAAACAUUGAUUUGCAGUGUGAA